CUGUCGAGUCACCUCUGUCAGGAUGGAGGAAAACGAACUGCUAUCAUGCUGAAAAACGAAGGAUCCCGACAAGCGAGCAUCAUUAACCGGGAUAGUUAGACACAAGUCACCGUUUAUCUUAAACUGCAGCGUCGUUUCUUUAACGCUUUGCCAAAAUGAUGGAAGAAAUCGACAGGUUCCAAGUGCCUCCAGUCAACGGGGAGACACAGCCUUUGGACCCAGCAGCAUCCUCCACCUCAGAGGCAGACCCUGACACCAAGGGUGAGACUGUGGCCAUGAAUUACAAGCCCUCACCACUGCAAGUCCAAAUAGAGAAACAGAGGGACCUUGCCAGGAAGGGAUCAGUGAAGAAUGGCACCGUGGGAAGUCCUGUCAAUCAACAACCCAAGAAGAAUGCCAGGACAAGAUUGGUGGUGCCAAACAAAGGUUACUCCUCCCUAGACCAGAGCCCAGAUGAGAAACCCCUGGUUGCACUGGACACUGACAGUGAUGAUGACUUUGACAUGUCCAGAUACUCCUCAUCAGGAUACUCCUCAGCCGAGCAGAUCAACCAGGACCUGAACAUCCAGCUCCUAAAGGAUGGGUAUCGGCUCGAUGAGAUCCCGGAUGACGAGGACCUGGAUCUGAUCCCGCCUAAAGCAGUUAACCCCACCUGCAUGUGCUGCCAGGCUGCUCCCUCCACAGCCUGUCAAAUCCAGUAGCACCAUUUUGCCCCCCAAAAAAUCUCCUGCCUGCCACCUUCACUGAGGCCAACUACUGACCAGAGUGGUGGCAAGGAGGAAAGACUAUCAGCUUGCAAUGGCACAAAGGGAAAACAAGGGUUUAUAAAUGCUAAAAUAAGAAGCGAAAAUAGGUCAAGUCUUGAGAAGAGUCAAUAUGUACAGCAUCUGUGCACGUUCCUCCUAUGGUUGGAUCUGUGCACCUUAUUCUGCAUUGUUGGUUCAGCGGGGAGUCGACUGAUGGCAGAAACUUUACCUCUAAGGAAAACACGUUGCUUUGCUUCUCCUCUGUUUGACUUCCAUCUCGUGCUUGUGGAUAUUUUGGUUUGCAAAGAGCAUGAAGAACUGUGCGAUGUUAUGGAAGAACAGAAAUGGCGUUAUGGGAUGAUGACAGGAACUCGACCAAAUGCUUGUAAAGGUGACAAGGUGUCAUCACUGGCACCACCCAUGGAUGAGAUUGGAAGUUUUGUAGUGGCCGUUUUUUUUUUUUUCUCUUUAUCAUUUCAGCCAGUCGGUUUUGUCUUCCUGUGCGUAUAUGUGUCAAACAUGGAAAUGACGUGUGUGUCUGAUUAUGUCCAGGAAAGUAGUGCGAAACCAAGUUGCUGACAAAACACAAAUACUUAGUCACGACAUUAAAAUAGUAAUUCCAGAUUUUUUCUUUGAAUGUUUGUCUGUUAAAACAAGGUUGUACUGCUUAAUUGUUUCACAUUCAGUUAAAAGACACUGAAAACAAAUAGUUUUGCAUGUUGCCUGUUAACAGUCUAAUGUCUAAUGCCCAGCCUGUGCCGAUAAUUUAUCCGUUUUUAUUGACCCCUAAACACAUCCUGAGACAUUAUGUGAGGUGCGCUUUGAAAAACAUAGUAAUAUUUAGGUUCACCCACUGUGAUAUCAGUAGAUCUAGUGAUUUAGAAACAAUGGCAGGAACAGCUCAUGAGUUAGUGUGUUCUUCCACUAAUGAAUGUGGUUACAAAAUAACUCAUAAACCUAAGGUAAUUUCACCAGUGAAUGGAUAAAAGGCUUAGAAUAUGUGCAGAUACAUAGAAAGUUGUGCAAUUUUGGUCAUACUUGAGGAUGUGUAUAAAGUGAGAUGAAAAUGGGAUUUUUAUUUUCAGAAAAAAACACUUUUUUUGCAUAUCAAGGGAAGUAUAAAACAUUCUCAUUUCUUUAAAGUUCUGUUUUAAGUGUAUUUGUUUUGUAUGGCUGUAUAUUUGCCCAUACUCCCCUUGAAUCUGAGUAUGACAAAUUUGCCUGAUUUGGGGACAAGAACUGUAGAUGUAGCACCUGACAGAGCUGUGUAUGGUCAAUGCUUUAUGCCAAUGGAUGUUUACCAUGAUGUUGAAAAGGAAGUAGUCCUUGCUGUACAGAAGUACUGAAUGCAUACUGUUUAUUUUUCAUGUUUACAUCAUUCUAAAGAUGUCUCUAGAGCUCUGCAGACAUCAGUUAUUUCCUAGUAGACUGCAUGUGGAUCUGCUCGGUGGAAGAUCAGUUUGGGUUUCCCGAAAACACCUCAAGAAAGAGAGUUUUUACAAAUGUAAGAUGUUCUGAUGCAUAUUUUAACUAGUAAGGCUCAAACAAACAUUUUCUCUUUAAAAUAACUUAACCCUAGAUAUUGUCUUAUCCAGCGAAUGGGGAAGGAAGCUGUUAAUUUAACUACAAGUCUAAGUAUGUGUGCACUUUACACUGUGGUCUAAGUUAUUUUCUCUUGGAAAUGUUCAGAAUGUUCUGUUGACUCAUGUACGAGGGAUUUUAAACACUGUGCACAUCUACGAUGAACAGUCUCAUUUCGAGAAUCUUCUUCAAUAUAUGAGGGUGUUUUUGGGGAACCUAACAUCUUUCAUAACUGAUGUUCUGCCAAUUUUGGUUCGAACGUUUCGAACGCGGUUCAUUGAAUGGAAAUACGAUGUGUAAUGUAUAACUCCAGAAUGACAGGGCUGCAAGCUUAUGUGUGGUCAAGAAAGGAAUUGCUGAUAUCCCUGAUACAACCUCAGUGACACAGCAUUUGAUUUACAAAAGUACACAAGCAUAGAAAAAAAUUACUUUUUGCAAAUAAGGUGCCAUGUGUGUAGAUAGUGUAUGAAGUGAAAAAAAAAAAGAAAAGAAAAAGACAAAUAGCACAGUAGAUCAGGUGAGAUGUCACCAAGGCAUCUACUAACUGAGGCGUGUGUUAGCUCAGUAGGUGUGUACAGUACAGUACAAUAUUAACAAUGAAGGACUGAUUGUGUGACUGAUUAUGGUGCUUCAUUUUUUUUUUUUUUAGUCAUUAACAUAAUCCUGAUAGAUUCACACAUAAGUUGUCGCAGUCGUCUUCUAUUGAGUGCACUACUUCUGGCCAGUGUUGUCUCACUGGGGGCAUAGCUUCACUAAUCUCCUGAGUUUGGAAUCUAAAGUAAUGCGUUGUAACAGAAGCUAUUUAUUUGCAGUUGCGUGUGUUUUAAUUUAUUUUUCAUGGUUGGGAAAUAAUUCAUAUACAAACAGAUGCUUUUUAUUUGUCAGAUGUUUAUUAUGAUGAUUGUGAACUGGUUCCAUUUAGAUUUUAACAGUGUUAAAGUUCUGUGUAUAGUGCAACAUAUUAAAAAAUAAAUAAAUACUAGAUA